AUGGCGGAAACCCAUGAGGUGUUGCGCAUGUAUCGAUGUCUUCUCAAGUUGGCGCAGCGCUACCCAAGCGUCAAACGCGAAUCAAUUAUUCGUGAUAUUAAGAUGGAAUUUCAUGCAAAUAAGAAUCUGACGGAUAUGCAGAAGAUACGUGAAGAGCUUGCAUCGGUACAGGCAGGUAUCAAGGAGUUGUCGAUGUAUGCGAGCUUACAUCCGUCAAUACCCAAUUGGAGCGUUGAAGUAGGGCGCGAUACAAUUCAGCUGCCACUUAAUACAAACGGUGGUGUCAAUGCUAAGAUUUUCGGUGAUAGCAAGAAGAGUAAAAUGCAGUAA